GCCGACUCCAGGGGUGAGCACCGGCGAGGGGCUGGGUCACAGCCCCAGGCAGGCAGCUCUCAACACCACCUGCAACCGCCGUCCAGCGAGGGGCCGCUGGGAGAUGCUCCGCGCUCUGACCUCGGCCAGGGCGGCCCUGGGGUCCCGGGCAGCGGGCUGGGUGCGGACCAUGGCCUCACACCCACUGCUGGUGGCCCCCCCGGAGGUCCUGCUGAAGCCCAUCUCUGUGCCCCACCGGCUGCUGCUGGGGCCCGGCCCCUCCAACCUGGCUCCGCGCGUCCUGGCGGCCGGCGGGCUGCAGAUGAUCGGCCACAUGCACAAGGAGAUGUACCAGAUAAUGGACGAGAUCAAGCAAGGCAUCCAGUACGUGUUCCAGACCAGGAACCGCCUCACACUUGCCAUCAGCGGCUCGGGGCACUCCGCCCUGGAGGCCGCCCUGUUCAACCUCCUGGAGCCCGGGGACUCCUUCCUGGUCGGGGUCAACGGCAUCUGGGGCCAGCGGGCCGCCGAGAUCGGGGAGCGCGUGGGAGCCCGCACUCACCCGAUGACCAAGGACCCCGGAGGCCACUACACGCUGCAGGAGGUGGAGGAGGGCCUGGCCCGGCACAAGCCGGCGGUGCUCUUUCUGACCCAGGGGGAGUCCUCCAGCGGCAUCCUGCAGCCUCUCGAGGGGUACGGGGAGCUGUGCCACAGGUACCAGUGCCUGCUCCUGGUGGACAGCGUGGCCUCCCUGGGCGGGGUCCCCAUCCACAUGGACCAGCAAGGCAUUGACGUCCUGUACUCGGGCUCCCAGAAGGUCCUGAACGCCCCCCCAGGCACGGCGCUCAUCUCCUUCAGCGACAAGGCCAGAGAUAAGAUCUACUCCCGGAAGACGAAGCCCUACUCCUUCUACCUGGACAUCAAGCUGCUGGCCAACUUCUGGAGCUGUGACGACGACAAGCCCAGGACAUACCACCACACCACCCCCGUCAUCAGCUUGUUCGGCCUGAGAGAGAGCCUGGCACUCAUCGCGGAGGAGGGCCUGGAGAACAGCUGGCGGCGCCACCGGGAGGUCACCUCCUACCUGCAGGAGCGCCUGCAGGAGCUGGGCCUGCAGCUCUUCGUGAAGGACCCUGCGCUGAGGCUGCCCACCGUCACCACGGUGGCCGUGCCUGCCGGCUACAACUGGAGAGACAUCGUCAACUACCUCAUAGACCACUUCUCCAUCGAGAUCACCGGAGGCCUCGGGCCCUCCCUGGGGAAGGUGCUGCGCAUCGGGCUCCUGGGCUGCAACGCCACCCGGGAGAACGUGGACCGGGUGACCGAGGCCCUGAAGGAGGCGCUGCAGCGGUGCCCCCGGAGCCAGUUGUGAGCCAGCCGCCUGGCCAGGCCCCCCCCCCACGUGGGGGCUGGGGGCCCAAACGGGGUCUGCGAGACCGGCAGGCCGCUGCCAGCCUCCGGGGCCCUUUCCUUCCCGGUGGAACUCCCUGGAAACGGCCCUCGGGGCCCGGGACCCACAUUCCUCCCCAGUGACCUGCAGCCCCAGGGCCUGGCCCCCCGGGAACAUUCAAUAAAGAGCAGGCGGGCAGUC